AAAUAAUUCAUCUGACGAUUUUUAUGGCCAACAAUCAUUGACAUCUAAUAACACUUCAUUUUCUUCAGACAGAAGCCCAAAUGAAGAUGCUGAUUUGAUUAGUGGCGAUAAUAGUAUACAAAAGGAUAAUUUACGUUUCUAUAUGUCUAAAAAUACUAUAAGACAAAAUGAGCAAACUUUAAAUAUCUCGUCUUCAGUCAGAAAUAAUUUACCUAAAA